CAAUGCCUUGCGGUGUCCCAGUUCCAAUGCGAUGUAUUUACCAGCAGGAGUAAUGAAACGGAGAGAGGGGCAUUUUCCGCAGCUUACUGGUGAGACCGCAAACGACUAGCGCACAGAGAGGACAGACAAACUUUCGGACAGAGGACCAACACUUCAAUUAUGUGUUUUUGAAUGUGUCUUUAGUCUUUUAUUCCGUUUUUUUUGUCCAGCAGCCAAAACGAUACUUUGUCGCAGUUCGUUGGAAGUGAUUUACUGGGCAUUGAUGAAGGACACAUUUUGCGGAAUUGACGGCUUUUUUACCUGUGUUUCCCCUCUUAACUUCACUUCAGAUAGGAACCACUGAGUUAAAUCUUAUUUGCGCCAUACAGUGCAGUAGCCAGAGUGUGUCAGAGUUCAAUAAUGCCGGGGCCAACACACCCCAACCGGCUUCAUCGCUUCUGACCCACCAUGGAGCUCAAGGUCUGGGUGGAUGGAGUCCAGAGGGUCGUCUGUGGGGUCACUGAGGCAACCACCUGCCAAGAAGUAGUGAUUGCGUUGGCACAGGCUAUAGGUCGCACUGGGAGGUAUACUCUGGUAGAGAAAUGGCGGGACACUGAGCGUCACCUAGCCCCUCAUGAGAGCCCUGUGGCUUCUCUGAACACCUGGGGCCAGUAUGCUGGAGACGUCCAGCUAAUCCUGCAUCGCACUGGCCCCUCCCUGACUGAACGACCCCCCUCAGAAGGACCACCUCUCAGGGGCCCUGAACGUGGGCUGCAUCGGCAGAGCCUCCCUCCCCUUGCAAAGCUUCGUCAUCCCAACGAUCGCUCCCUCCGCCGCCGUGAACCACGCCGCAAAUCUCUGACUUUCACCGGUGCACCAAGGGGCCUUAGGGAGAUACUGGGUGGAGGGCGCAUUGGCGAGGCCGAGGCUAAACGAAGACUCCUUCAUGGAAACGGUGGGAAUCACCACCAUGCAGGGCCAGCCAUUGGUACUGCAUCGCCUGGCCUGUGGGCCUGUCGCAUGGAGGAUCUGGUCCGACUGGUCAGUUUACAGAGAGAGACUCUCAAUGUGCUGGAGAAAAAGCUGGAGGCCUAUGAGGCUGAACUCCAGGCCUGGGCUGAAGGGCGAGGGGGCCGAGGUGGAGGUCGCAUUGGGGACCAAGGUGGAGGAGGAGGGCUGAUAGAAGAGAUCCUAAGGCUGGAGAAGCAUCUGAGAAAGAACAAUGUGGAGAUGGAGGAGGAGGAGUUUUGGGCCACUGAGCUUCAGAUUGAGCUAGAGAGUGAGCGACAGCUGGAGGAAAGACUGCAGGAGCUAAGAGGACGCCUGCAGGGCUGUGAAGUGGAGAUUGAAGAAAAUCUGGCAAUGGUACAGAGUGUAGAGGCAGGCCUGGAAGAGGAACGGCUGCAGAGGGAGCGGCAGGAGACACAAUGGAUCAGUGAGGCCGAGGUUCGGGCUCAGGUGCUCAGAGUCAAAGCAGAACUGAAAGCCCAGGAGAGACAGGCUGUCCAGCUGGAGAGCAGCUGCAGAGCUGUGGACAGGUCCCUUGGACAAAACAGCAAGAAAGUGCAGGACAUGCAGCACGAGCUGGAACAGCUGACCAAGGAGCUGAGGCAGGUUAACCUUCAGCAGUUCAUCAAGCAGACCGGCACCAAAGUCACAGUGCUGCCGGCCGAACCCACCGCUGAGGAUGAAAGUACUCACAAUAGUCAUGCUUUAGUCUCAGAUUUAGUUCCUCUGUCUGGGUCCCUGAAGCGCCCUGUGUCGUCACACACGAUGUCAAGUCACCUCCGGGUCCUCCACAGCCCUCUCACUUCUGGCCUGAACCCAGAGGGGAUCUAUGUGUGAGGCUGCUCUACUCUGAGAGAAGACGUCGGGUCUCCCUUCCAGAGCCUGGUUCACCCCAGAACAUAUUUGUAAGUGGAUAUCUUUGUACAGGAUACCUCAGUAGCACACUCCUACGCAAUGUUCCCGAAGGUAACCUCAAGCGUGAAGACUCAAAUAGUGAAGUAACUAUGUUAAAAUCGAAAUAAAGGUCAUGGAGCACUUGGUGGGACUGAAAGACGAGUUUAAAGGCAUGGCGAGAAA